UACGUAUAUUGGUGGACGACAGUCAAAAUUUAAAAAUGAUAAUAUAAAUAUUCAAAAUAUAUUACCAAUAACAAUAAAAAAGGUAAUAUUACAUUUAGUGUAUUUAUUACAAUAAGCACAGUUUUAUGAAUAAAAAAUGGACAAUAAAGGAACAAUUGAAAUUACUACGGACGAAACAAAUAAUGAAAUAGCGAAUAAUAAACCAAAAAUUAAACCCAAAAACCGUGGAAAAAAACGAAAAAGGAUAUACAGCCAUAGUAGUUCAGAUAUUGAAGAUGUCCUACCUGAGAACACACUGGAGGUGGAGAAGAAUCUACAUGCUUCGGCAAUUAAGAAUAAUCUAGAUGAUGCUAGUGUUAAGAAGAUUUUAAAAAAAGUAGUAACAAAUGACCAUGUAUUGGCACUUGUGAAGUUAAGGGAAGAGGAAGAGGACUCAAGUAAUGAGGAGAGUGGUCAUGCACCAAAACUCACCAGAUCCAAAGUUAAAGAACUGAUGAAAGUGUCUCGAAAAUCCACAUGGAAUUUGGAGAACUUAGAGCUCACUCCCAUCAAGCAUAUUCCAGUGAAGACCAGGCCUGAAGUGAAGGCACUUAUUACUCAAGAGCUUCCUGAAGAUGAAGAUGAUGAUGAAUAUGAACCCACACAUGAUGAUGUCGCUAGUGACGACGAUCAAACAUUGGAGUCAUGUAGCGAUCUAGAAUCUCAGCCUCGUACACCAGCGACACCUAAAAGCCAGUAUACUCCCAGUCCAAAAGUUGUUAAAGAUGGCCCGUUUAAAGUACCUCAGAUAAAUGUAUCAAUACCCGCUAAAAGAAAAUUGGACAUGGAAGAAGAAGCGACAAUAGCGCUCCGAACUCGCUCAAAGCUGAGUCUGUCGGAGACACCAAUAGAACAUAUAGAAAGUUCAUUUGUGCCACCUGAUGACUUACCCAUGCCAGCAGUCGAUGUCCUUUGGAACACGUUCUUAGAAGAGUGCCUGAACCCCGCACCCAGCAAUAAACAUGAGGACGACGACGAAGCUGAUCCGGAGUACAAUGUCGCAGCGGAUCCCGAUGCACCUGAUGAAGAUGAAGAAGCUUUGGAGAGUAGUAUUAUAAAGAUAUCCAAGAAAGAGUUGAACGAUCUUGUCACUGAGUUGUUUAAUAUCAUGCCAGAAGCGACUACAGAUGACGAGUUGGCUGUGAACAUGGCCAGUAGUGUGCUCAACCCAACUAACCAGUCAGAAGUACCUCCUACUUGGGAAGGUAAACAGGAACCGCUAUCAGAUGAUGAGAACAAUGCCCAAAGAAUACACACUAGAAAGAUGUCAGAUAGGAUCACUUUCGAAAAGGGGAAUCAUACAAAAUUUUCUAUUGGCAAGAGUGAACCAGUAGAUGUACCAGAGUACGAGGAAAACAGAGAAGCAGAUACAAGUACAACAUGCCCAAAUAAAGAAAUAAAACAAGAUAGUAUACAUCAACCAAAGAUUCAUAAACCAGUGGUGGAGAUAUCGGUGGUAGAGCGAACGUUGUCAGUGGUACCGCCGCCGGCGAUCCCCAACCCGCCUCCAGCCGUAAAAGCCGCCUGCAGUCCACCACGCCGGGUGCAUGUGGACCCUGCAGACUGCCGCGUCAUAUUACCAGAACAAAUCCUGAUAUUGCAACAGCAGCUCCGAAUACACGUUCAGCUGUCUACAUCAAAUUUCCUGCAACUGUUCAUACAUCCAGCACAUUGGACUAUGGGACCUACAUACAAAGAAUUUCUGGAGAGCUUGAACAAGAUAGCAGAAUCGAACCCCAAGUCAGUAGUGAAUGUGUGCAAUUUGAAACCAGCUGUGGAACUCAUUCGAAGCUGGGAAGAAUCUGUCUCCAACAAUACACCAGCAAACGCUGCUAUUGUCAAAUUUAUACAAGAAGAAGGUGAGAGAAGCCGGCGUCGACUGGUCCAGAACAACAUGUACGUGGGCGAGUUCCCGGAGAUGAUGAUGAGUGUGGUGGCCAAUAGCACAGUGUUCGUGUACCCACACCUGUUGCCCCCGGUGCCGUACCGGCUCGACCUGUCCAGGCGGUUCUGUUACUUGCCCUCGGAAGAUGAGCUGAUGGUGCUGACUCUGGACCAGUUCUGGUCGUACGUAGAGAACAAUCCGUCGCUGUACAAGCGUCCGCCGCACUGCCCGGGACGCUGGGGGCUGACGGCGGCGGUGGCGCUGGUCUCGCAGCACACGUUCCCGUGGCUGUCCCCGCGCCUGCUGCACUCUCACCUGGCGCACUGCCGCCGUGGCCGGAUAUGUGACAACCCUAUAUAUAAAUACUUCAAGACACGCGAGGUGAAGCCUGUGGAACACAAACUGCUGCCUUUCAACCCCAAUCGUACGUUAUACGAACAACCCGAACAUGAAGUCCCAAGGGUGUGGGUUCGAUACCUCGCCAAGACCAGCAAAAAGUUCAGGACGUAUAUGCACCGGCCGAAAAGGAAACGAUAUAUACUAAAGGAGCCUGCCGGCAUACCAUUCCAGUUUGUGCUGUCAGGAACAGACGGAAAAACACCCACUUCAAACCAGGACCAGAAACCAAACGAAGAAAUCCGGGUGACGGAUCCAUCCACCACUUCACAGCCACUACCCGAUCAAAUAAGGAUCAAAACAUUAUCUCCUGUACCAGCAAAUGUAUUCAAAUUAGUACAAACAAGCACUGGUGCACAAUUAAUACCUCUCUCCCUAACCAAUACUGUAAAUUCGACUGUUACUCCCAUAAUUUCAGCUAAACCAAGCGAAUUAACUCAAGCAAGUGAACCUGUCAAGGAAAUAACAAAUAGUGAAGCCCUAGAAAUGCACUGCCAGUGUUGUAUGAUAUUAAGAAAAAUCUGCAAAGUUAGACAGACAUUCAUAACGGAUUAUUUUAGAAACAAAGAGAAAAGAAAUGUUUGUUACUGUAAAAAUGUACAGAAGUAUCCUAGAAUAUCGAAUAGGUUGAGGUUGUUAUUGAAUAAGUAUAAAAGUGUAGUGGCCUGUUCGUUCUUUGAUUUACAAUCGAAAUUGAACUGUUUAGAACAAGAGAUAAGACAGGAAGUUAUAGGGAAGGCUGUUGUAAAUAUAGAUAUUGAAUCUGACAUUUUGAGAUUAGGCCCUAAAUUAAAAUGUGCUUCAGAAAUGGAUGACUUAGCUUUCGUUACGGCGUACCAAUCAAAACUCACAUUUCGGACUUCGGUAGCUAAAAACAACACAAUAAAGAAGAAAGUCUACCACCUCCUGUCUAAAUUCGAUCUAGACAGAGGCGAUCCGAUAAAACUAGUUGAUGAUUUGGACAAAGUAUUUGGAAUAGAACUUGUUGACCUAUACAAAGAAUUCCUAGGCUUCUUGACGCCUGAACAGGCCGACAGUAUAGGAAAAUUCAAGGAUUACUUCGUCCAAACGUGUAUUUCCGAUUUUGUUAAGUUGAUUGAAGAACAGGUGUCCAAUAAGAAACACAGACACAAGAUCCUAUGUGUGGUGCAGCAGGUCUUCUCGCAGGUGGGAGCAAGUGCUUGCAACGUGUGUAGUACUAUGCUGACAAGCCUGCAAUGCUACCCUGCACUCGCUCACCACUUGUUCCAGCUGUUUCCACACCGUCAGCGCAAGAGGGUGAAUGACCAGGAAAGUAAUAUAGAACAAAAUACAGCAACACAGACAGAGAAGGAAAAUGAAAUAGGAGAAGAAGAUGAGAAAGACGCAGAGGACACGUUGGUAGAAGAUGGUACACAGACAAUGGAUUACGAAGCCGAUGAUUCAUCCAGUGGUGAAGAGGAAGGUCCCAGCGAUACUGAGCCUAUCAAAGGAACUGAGCGUGUCAAAGAGGCUGAGUCUGUGACAGAUCAUCAAGGCGACAAAAAUCAAGUUUCAGGGGUCCCCUUGGUUAAUAAUAAAACCUAUUUUAGUGGCGACGAUGAAACUCACAGCGGAACUGAGCUUCCGACCAGUUAUCCAGAUGUAAAAAUUCACCUUCCAGACAUUAUCAUUAAAAUAGAACCCCAUCAUGAAAAUAUCGUAGACACACCAGAGUUGACAAUAUCCAAAACUGAAGUGCAAGAUUACAGUGAAUCUGAUAUGUCUAUGGUAAUAGUAUCGGAAGAUGAAAUGGUUAAAUCAGAAGCACCAGAGUGGAAAAGGGAUGAAGAUAAACUAAUAUUAGAAAUGCUUAAAGAUAAUCUUACGCCUGAGGAACGAAAGGAUAAAACGAUAAUAGAAAUCGCCGAAGAGAAAUCCAUACUAGAAAUGUUGUCACAGAGUUUAUCACACAAAUCUAUACGUGAUAUUAGAGAACGUGUUAUGUAUUUAUUAAAGAUGCUGUUAGUUAGUGAAAAUUAAAGAUUUGUUAAAUCUAUG